AAAACAAGUGGCCAUCGCUCUCUCAAUAUUCGACACUUCUGAUGUCACGAAUAAUAAAUAUGUAAUUCUCUCUUGACUUUAUAAAUACACUUUAUAAAAUGCACUUAUUUAAUAUCUACUUGAUGCGGAAUAAGUACAUUUUAUGUAAUACCUCGUGCAUAUGCAUAUAUGGUAGUCAUUGAACGUUACUUUCCUAGUGCGCUUCGUCACUACGGGAACAGGCGUCCAAAGUCAUAUGUAGAAACUUUUAUAAAUUAAAGUUAUAAAUAAAAAAAAAUAUAUACAAUAAUCAUUUACCCUCGAAAUCGAAUUAAACAGCUUAGAGCAUACUACUCCAUUUAUAGAUUGUUCAUUGCAAUACACUGGUAAAUGUGUGUAUCAAUAGGUGGAUUCGGUCAUCACUGGUGGGACAAUCCAAAUUCACAUAUGUACAUACAUAUGCAUGUAUAUUGGCGUGUGUUUUGUGGUUGUGUGGCCUGGCUCACCUGUUUAGGCUUUCAGGAGCAAACUCACAUGUUCUGGAUCUGCGGUGGAAACAUCUUUUCAACAUUACUCCAUCGGUUGUUUUUUGUGACUGAGUGCCGUAGCGGGAUUCGGAGUCGGGUGGUUGUUAUUUGGCUUGUUUGCUGGCAAAGGCAGCAGUCGCAGACCACAAGCUCGACGGGAACCACGCGCGACGGCAUUGGACGCGAACUAGCUUUGGCCGCCACGAACGCAAUCAAAACAAAAGACUUCCGAACCGGUAGAAGUGCGAGUUCGACUAUUGCCCUGUGUUUUUUCUUAUCAGCUGCAGUAUCAAUAUCAGAACCACCAUUCGCCGCGACCAAAAAAGAACGCUUCCGAACUUAUUCAAUUUAGAGUUGGUCGUCCCCCAGGCACCAUGAGCAAAGCCAAAUCAGCCGCCCACGAGCCGACGAUUCACUACCUGGACAGCGUGCUAAGCGAGGAGGAAAAGCGGUGCUCCUAUGGCCAUCAGUGGCGCAAUAUUUCCAUUUCCCGAUCCGGACGCUUUCGUUCGAAAAACAAAAAGCGGGAUGCGGUCGACGGAAUGUUCUUCGACGCCGAAACAGGAUCUAUGCAGGACAUCGAGAAGGCGGAAGUAGGUGUGGCAACGUUCUGAAGCUUGCGAUCAGUGAUGCCAAUUCAGCCUUUUUCCGGACAGAUCUGUCCUGUUUUUUACUGCUUCAUCUGGAAAAAAUGUCAAACAUCGCCAACCCGGAAAUCUGUCUUUUUUUAAGAUUUUUAUCCUGAAAUCUAUCCUUUUUAGACAAUGUUACAAUUUUUAAAAAGUAAUUAGUAUAAUUUUGUAUAAAUUCAAAUGUUUUUGUUUGCAAACUAUGUGGCAUCUUUUCUAAGCAAAAUGUUAUCGAUAUUGUGUGUAUUCGAAUGAAUAUCGGCAAUUUUUGGCACAGAAGAACACAUGCAAAGUACAUACAUUUUACCAAAAUGCCAAAAGAUAAAGACGGGUAUAAACAAAAAUUUCGCGAUUUCUGGCUUGACCAGCCAGAAUUUAAAAACUGGUUAACUAAACUCCAUUUGAUAAAUACAAAGGCUUUUGCAAAUACUGCAAAAGCAGUAUCAAUUCAAUUGACGAUGAAACGCUAAAUGCGAUUUUAGCAGUCAG